GAGAGAGCGAGCGAGAGAGAGAGAGAGAGAGAGAGGGAGAGGGAGCGAGGAGACAUACUGGUUAAAGGCUACGACAAAAACCAUGACGAUAAUGGAGUCAAGGCGGUGGAGGAUGUCGGAUUUACCAGAAAGGACUGUUGAAAUUUGACAGAGGGCUCGUGUCAAAGAGAGCGCUGCAUUUUUUGAUUUCUCCUGCUCGUUCCGCCGCGUUUGGUUUCCACACGCUGCGUGGACAUCAGAAAAAAAAAAAGGCGAGCAGAGGCAGAGGAGCACCCCCACGGAUGCAUUGGAAGGUAAAAACGAGCUCUACCGCUGGCGCUACAGGCACCAUCUCACCCCCCGUAUGGUGAUAAAGGACAUCCUGAAGAAAAGCUCCGGACUGAUGGAUGAAGAGGAACAACAGCUUUAGCCCCCUCCACCUGGCGAUUGGGAAGGAACUAAAUCCUAUUCUGAUGGAUUUUUGGUUAAUCAUUCAUGGUGUAGCCCCAAGGAAAAACCAGCAAUGUUGAAUCACUGGUGUUGGUAAAUUAUUCAUCAGAGGUAGAAGUAGAUUAUGAUUUUAUAUUGCUUUAAUGUAGCAUUUCCUAUAUUUCAUUUUUUGUAAUGUGUUGUCUUUUGGGGUCAUAUACAUAUUUUCAGGUUCCAUGAUUUUUUUAGGCCCAUUCCAGAAAGAGCCAAAGCGGGGGAAAUCUUAGCGCAAAGAGAGCUUGGGAUAUUUAUGUGUCAAUCUGUGUGGGGGGGUUCUACAUAUCCAUAUUAUUUUUCUUGUAAGAGUAAACAAAGACAGAUCACGGGGUGCAAAAGAAGAAAGAAAAAAACAGAAAUAUGUUGCCCUCACAAGAAGCCUCCAAGAUCUACCAUGACAACUACAUGCGCAACUCCCGGGCCAUCGGGGUUCUGUGGGCCAUCUUCACCAUCUGCUUCGCCAUCGUCAACGUGGUGGUGUUCAUCCAGCCCUACUGGAUCGGCGACAGCGUCAAGACGCCGCACAUCGGCCACUUCGGCCUGUUCCACUACUGCGUGGGCAGCGUGCAGGCGUCCAGCCGGGACCUCACCUGCGUGGGCAGCUUCUCCGACUUCGGCUCCAUCCCGUCGGGAGCCUUCAAGGCCGCCUCGGUGUUCGUGCUGCUGUCCAUGGUGCUGAUCCUCAGCUGCAUCGCCUGCAUGGCGCUCUUUUUCUUCUGCAACACCUCCACCGUUUACAAGACCUGUGCCUGGAUGCAGCUGCUGUGCGGAGUGUGCCUGGUGCUGGGUUGCAUGAUCUUCCCCGACGGAUGGGAUGCAGAAGUGAUCCGGGAUAUGUGUGGGGAGCAUUCAGGAAAAUACUCUCUGGGUGACUGCUCAGUACGCUGGGCCUACAUGCUGGCCAUCAUGGGCAUCCUUGACGCCCUCAUCCUCUCCUUCCUGGCCUUUGUCCUGGGAAACAGGCAGACAGACUUCUACCUUGAUGAUCUGCAGACAGAUAACAAAGAUUUUGCUGUUUCAAGGAUUGAGGUACGAGACAGAAGAGAGCCACGAUACGGAGUGCAACGUCUUCGCUGAGGGCAACAAUGGCACUGAACAAAUUCCGUUUAUCUCUUUCUCCUCUCUUAUUCUCUUUGCCCUCUGUUCUUCUCCUUUCCUAUCCAAUGAUCAGGAUAUCACCCAAUUUCAAUGCAGACACCAAGUGUACAGGAUUGUGUAUGAUAAAAAAAAACAACUACCACAAACACAUGGGGAUAAACUAUAUUUUGAAAAAAAAUAAUAAUACAAGGUUGUACAGUGCAUUUAACGCUCAGCUUUCUCAACAAAUACCUUUAUGAUGAAAGAUAUUUACUGUAUUUAGAGUCUUGAUUUUUAUGUGAGAACUCCAAUCCUUAAGAUGAAGAACCAUAAUGUCCGUUUUACAGUUCUUUCUUUAAAGUGUCGCCAUUUGCUGAUUUUGAGUUUGCGUGAUGUGUACGUCCAUAGCAUCGACCGACAAAUUAGUGGCACUCCUCGUACAGUUACAGAGGGAAGACUCGCAAUCUAGCCGAACGUCCAUUAUUACACUCUUCAGAGAAAAAAAAAAAAAAAAAAAAACACUACAGGGACUGGUAUGGCUCUUCAUCUAAGGACUUUUAAAUGUGAGGAAUUUAAAGGAGUACCCCAUUGCAGCUUAACAGAAUUUAACAUCUCUGGGAGAUUCUCUACUGUACAUACGAAACAAUGUAAAUAACAUGACUGCUGACGCAAACAGCCGACAACAAAACCUCAUCUGACUCUGAUGCAUUCGAGUAUAGUGUUUCUACCCUUGGUUUCGGUGUUGCUUGUGCUGGAAGAGCAUCUGAGUACAUGCAUAUUUGCUGUGUCCCCAUGAUUCCUCACAACUGAUUUAGUGGGAUCACACAGAUGGGAAUAACACAGAUUUCAUAGCUGGAAGAUCCACAGAGAAGCAGAGCACCGUGACUCAGAAUAAUUGUGUUUGAUCACAUUUUUAUUUAUUUAUUUUUGGACAAGAAAAAAAAAAAAGACACUUAUCCUGCGUCAAAAUGGCCUCAAAGGAAGCUGCUUAUUGUAGAUUUUCACCCUACAGUAUGUUGUAGAUUUUAAUGUGGAAAUUAACUGCAGCUGUCAUGUAGAAAAUUUUUGUUUUUUUUUGUGUGUCUCACUCAUUUCUGCCAUCUCAAGAUCCCUCUCUUCAGUGUGCAGUUUACGCCAGUUUAUUGUUCCAGCAUUCAGUGAUCAGUUUACGCUACAGAUGUCUUAAGAGUCUCUGAAUAUGACUGCUAGAGUUGGCCCCAAGUGCUGCAUUGUCUUAAGAAGAUGUCACUUAUAUGCCUCUUUGAAACAGUUUAUAGAUGCCACAAAAAUCACUGGGGGGGGGGGGGGGGGCAACCAUCUAUAGUAAUAUUUGCGUUACGGCAGUCCAUAAAUACAGCUAAUGUGACAAAGA